CGAAAUCAAUCCACUCUUCUCCCUCUUCGGCGCCCCAACAAUUUUAAAGCGAAUCGACAUGAAGACCUCAGUUGUCGUCGUCGUCUUGAUGGCCUGUGCCGCCGUCUCUGCCCAGAUCCCUGCCGAUUGGAACUGCAAUCCAUUCCUUUACUACCCAUUCACCGCACAACCAGCGCCCGUUCAAGAAACGGCCGAAGUAGCCGCCGCCCGUGCCGCUCACUUGGCAGCCCACACUUCCGCCGGAGGAUCCAGCAGGGUGGUCGCCGUUCAACCUGUUCCUGUUGAUUGGGGACAACCGGCAGGUGCCGUUUUGGACACUCCCGAAGUUUGGGCCGCCAAAGUUGAACAUUACCGCGCCCACUCGGCCGCCGCCGCUGCCAACGGAGUCGUCUCGACUCUUGCGCCUCUUCCGGUGGUCAGUUGGGGAGUCCCUCAGCCCGUCCAAGACACUCCCGAAGUAGCAGCUGCUCGUGCCGCCCACUUGGCAGCCCACGCCACCGCCCGCGGUAAAAGAUCCGUCCAGCAGCAGGACACACCCGAAGUGAUGGCCGCCACCCUCGAGCAUUACCGGGCCUACAACGCCGCCGCUGCAGCCAACGGAAUCAUGGCCUUCCUGCCCGCCAGAUACGCCAACAUGCCAUUCGGUAUGCCCCAACAGGUCCAGGAGACUCCCGAAGUGGCGGCAGCUCGUCGUGCUCAUUUGGCAGCUCACGCUCACGCCGCCGCCCAAGUAGCGAAAGUGGUGGCUCUCGUUCAGCCGCUUCCAUCAGCAGUGGUCGUUGCCAAUCAGCAACUCGCCAACUCUGUUGCUGCUGCUACAAAUGGAGUCAUUGCGACUCUGCCUAAUAUCCUUCCUUUGGCAAACUGGAAUGCUCCCCCUCAUCCCGUCCAGGACACCCCCAAAGUUCAUGCCGCUAAAAUGGCCUUUUUCCGCGCAUUUCACGAAGCCACCGUUCGGUCUGGUUAAAUUUACCAUUACUAUCCAUAUAUAACCAAAAAACACUCACUUUUAAUUACUUCAAUCAAACUAACAUACCUGAUGAUCAUCAAUGCCAUUUUUUUUUAAAUAGCUUUUCCACAUGAACAUCCCAUGUGAUGUCAUAUUACAUCCUCUUAUUUAGCCAUAUUAUAUCUCAAGAAAUAUAAAUAAUUUUGUUGUCAACAUA